AUGACUUCAUAUAGAAAUCAAGAUUUUUCAUAUGAGUAUGAGUACGAUUACAGUCAAUCUGCUCCUUGGGUUGAUUGUACCCAGACAACUAGUGGAAAUUCUUCUUCACGACAUCAAUUACUGGAUGUUAAUGUCACGUUGAUCCCAGAAAUGCGUGGUAGUAAAAACACCAAUCAUUUUGAGGAGGCGGUUGCGAACAACGAUGUUAAGGUUGAAGAUAAGGAACGUUACAUAGAAUCUGAUGCUAGUGACGCUGAGGAUGAGGAUGAUGAUGUUGUUGGUGACAUUGCAGAAAAUGUUGGGCUUCAUACUCUUCUGACGCCACAAAUACUUGAAUUUGGAGAUGGGACUGAAGGUGACUUAGAAGUAAAGCAAGUGUUCAAGAAUAAAGCAGAACUGCUUAAUGCGGUGAAAGUGUGGCACAUAGAGAACAACUACCAAUACAAGACUCAGCGUUCUAAUACAGAAAUUGUUCAAUUAAAAUGCAUGAAGGACAAGACUUGCAGAUGGUAUCUUCGAGCAAGGGCGAAGGAGUCAUUAAAAAUGUGGAUGAUAACUACUUGUGUUGCUGCUAUACAAGCCUUUGCAACCACACAACUGAAGCAUGAAGUAUCUUAUUACAAGGCUUGGAUGGCAAAACAAAAAGCAAUGGAGAAGUUAUUUGGAUCGUUUGAGGCAUCCUAUGUUGUACUGCCUAAGUUCUUUGAAGCUUUAAAGAUGUCGAAUCCAGGCACGGUUGUUCUUUUCGAGCAUAAGAAUUCUAACAACACAGUAGCUACAUUUGGACAAGUGUUUUGGGCAUUUAGGCCAUGUAUUGAAGGGUUUCAGUAUUGUCGUCCAUUGAUCAGCAUUGAUGGCACGCACUUGUAUGGAAAAUAUAAGGGGAAGUUGCUCUUAGCAGUUGCAUUUGAUGCAGAUAAUGGGUUGUUCCCAUUAUGUUAUGCUUUGGUCGACGCAGAAAAUAAUCGGAACUGGUCAUGGUUCAUAAAUUGUAUCCGUGCGUAUGUUACUGAUUGUCGAGCCAGUAAUGUCAUGACAAAGUUCAAAGAUUCUGAUUUAAAAUCCACCGUGAAUAUUAUGGGUAGAGAGAAAUCUCGAGAGAAGUUUUAUUUUUGGAUGACAAACUUGAAAGAACUAAAUGCCGAAGCAUGGCAUUAUCUCAACCAAGAAGAUAAAGAAAGAUGGGCAUUAUCAUAUGAUGAUGGACAUUGA